AUGCCACUGAUAAUAUCAUGUGAGUGUGGAUAUAUAGAUAUUGUAAAGGAACUGAUUGAGGCGGGAGCUGAUGUCAAUUUAAAAGGUAAAUGUAGCACUCCAGUGAGCGCCGCAUGCUCUCGUGGACAUGUUGACAUUGUACGACAACUUCUAAAUGCGGGAGCUAAAAUCAAUCAAAGCACGUCAUGUGAUACGCCGUUGAUGGCAGGAUGUAGAGGAGGUAAUGCAACUACAGUGAAGGUGGUCCUUGAAGCUGGUGCUAGCGUCAAUUUAAAAAAUCAUGAAGGGGAGACACCGCUGUAUAAAGCAGUAGAUAACGAUGACUCAAACGUCUUUGUUUUAAAAAUGCUUAUCGAACGAGGUGCCGAUAGUACAAUUUGUACAAAUUCUAAAGUAUCGCCGUUAUACCUUGCAUUGCUUAAGAACAUGGCAAAUGUUUUUAAAGCUUUAAAAAAGUCUAAAAAUAAACUACAACAGAAAAAAGUAAAUCUGCAUUUACUUGACAUACUUGAGGACAUUCAACAUGCAAAUGUAGCUGUUGAUAGUAAAGAUGAUGUUAUAUUUACAAAGAAAAUAGUCUGGGAUAUGACAGAGGACUUGCAUGGAAAAUUACUUCGUGCUGACUGUGAUGUAUUAAGACAUUUGCUGUGUUUUGGUUUCGAUGCCAAUCAAAAUAUUUUAAUUCGUAAAAAACCAAAUCAGUCAGACAUCAAACCAGUUCUGUUCAGAAUUAUUGAUGGCAAAUUAUUUUAUGAUAUCAAACAAAUUGAAAAAAUAGUAUGUAUUUUACUUGAAGCCGGUGCAGAUGUGAAUUUGAGUGUCAAAUACACAGAAUAUAACUCGUUGGUGGACAAAGAGGGUGUGACCGCGUUAGAAAGAACCAGGCAAAAGCUACGUGAGCACAAAAACCCUAAAAACUAUUUCCCUUUAAAGGAAAAGAGAAUAAUGGAACGCAAGUAUCAAAUGAUUUUGACAGAAAUCAAGAGACAUGUCAGAAGAUACUCCAUUUGA